AUGCUGUCAGCUGGUCCUGCAUACUCUUUAGCACGAGCAACCUUUAAACGUGCCCAACGUGGUCUGUUUGGUGGCAAACACAUUCAAUUCGGUAACAAUAAUCCAUUCUCCAAGAAAAAAACUCGACGUAACUGGCUUCCCAAUGUCCAAAGCAAGAAGCUUUAUUCAGCAACACUCGAUCGCUUUCUUGAUCUCAAGGUGACGACUUCGGUGUUGCGUACCAUUGACAAAAAGGGUGGUUUGGAUCAGUACUUGCUCGAGACUCGCGAUAAAAACUUGUGCAGCGACAAGGCUCUUGAACUCAAAUCAGUCAUCCUCAAACAGUUGAAAAAGAACGAGAAAAAAGUAGCAGCAGAAUCAGCACCCAAACAAGAGGCAGCAUCAACAACAGCACCAUCAUCAUCAGCAUAA